GAUUUUACUCAAACAACCUUCUCCCACUUAUCUCCACUUUCACAUAGGCAGUAGUGGAGUACUAGCUAGCCGCUAUCCCCAAAAUUUGACACAAAACUCAUCUUCUUCCCUUUCUCCCACCCCUCAAAAAAUGAGCUCUCAUCUGUAAAUUUCCAUCCCUUCUUCUCAACUUGUGUAGCAAUGCUAUCCCUGAAACCUCCUUCUCCCACCUCCACUCUCUCUCCUUCCAUUUCCAUAUCCAACUCCUUUAAACCCUACCUCCAUAGCCAUAAUUAUAAAACCAUCAAAUCAAUCCUCCAAUACAAUCGCAAACCCCAACUCGCAGGCUCCACCCCACGCGUCGUCGUCAUCACAUCCGGCAAAGGCGGCGUCGGCAAAACCACCACCACCGCCAACAUCGGCAUCUCUCUCGCACGUCACGGCUUCUCCGUCGUCGCCAUUGACGCCGAUGUCGGGCUUCGUAACCUCGACCUCUUACUCGGCCUCGAAAAUCGCGUGAAUUACACCGCUCUCGAGGUCUUAAACGGCGAUUGUCGUCUCGAUCAAGCCCUAGUUAGGGAUAAACGUUGGUCCCACUUUGAGCUUCUUUGUAUUUCAAAACCUAGGUCGAAAUUACCCUUAGGGUUUGGCGGGAAAGCUCUUGUAUGGCUUGUUGAUGCUUUAAAGCAAAGAAAUGAAGGUUGCCCUGAUUUUAUCCUCAUUGAUUGUCCUGCUGGAAUUGAUGCUGGGUUUAUUACGGCGAUUACGCCUGCUAAUGAGGCGCUUUUGGUUACGACACCUGAUAUUACGGCAUUGAGGGAUGCUGAUAGGGUUACUGGAUUGUUGGAGUGUGAUGGGAUUAAGGAUAUUAAGAUGAUUGUUAAUAGGGUUAGGACGGAUUUGAUUAAAGGGGAGGAUAUGAUGUCGGUUUUGGAUGUUCAGGAGAUGCUUGGUUUGCCGCUUUUAGGGGUUAUUCCUGAGGAUUCUGAGGUUAUUCGGAGCACCAAUCGUGGCUAUCCUUUGGUUUUGAAUAGGCCGCCGACGUUGGCUGGGAUGGCUUUGGAGCAAGCUGCUUGGAGGCUUGUGGAGCAGGAUAGUAUGACUGCUGUUGUGGUUGAGGAGCAGCCAAAGAAACGUGGCUUCUUUUCGUUCUUCGGAGGCUGAAGCGAAUUUUGGACAAUGUACUAGUUGUAGCCUCUAGGGUUGUUUUGUGGAAGGUUAAUUGUUGUAAUUGGAUUAUGAGGAUGCUUUUUUGUGUACAGAUGCUAGAAUGCUUGGAGUUGUAUCGAUCAUGGUGUUGCUGAAUUUGCCAAGUAAUUGUCUUCAAACUGAAGAUCUGGAAAAGGGAAUGAUUCUCGUUAUCCUGUAAGGAUUUUUGGCAGGCGAUUGCUCUUUAAUUUGAGGAUAUCUUUUGCAAUUACCAGAAGUGUAAUAUUGCUGAUUUAGGUUAUUGGGAAGAUGAUAGAUGACUAAGUUUUGGCAUCGACAAUGGAAAUGGAGUUUGAGGCUUUAGAUACUCUUCUGUACAGUUUCAGUUUGAUGUUGGAAAAGAAGAGCUUGAGAUUCGAUUAUUUAUGGAUUCAUUUUCUAGUUCCCGUUGAUCAAACGCUUGGAGAUGGCCGGAGCUUAAUGUUAGGUUUCCGUUGAUCAAACUGGCCGUAAAUGGUAAUAAUAGGUUAACUAACAAAAAGCUAAUAUAGGGUAAUGACUUAAUGCCACCAUUGUUCUUGCCAAUUCUUGUGUAAGCGCAGAAAAAUAGUGGACAAGUGAAUAGUGUAUAUGCACGGUGCAUCCAAAGUUUGAUUUGUUAGUGGGCAUAUAUUAUGAGAAUGUUUUGUUCUUGUUUGUGUGCAAAUGAAAAUAAAAAUAUCUCAUGAAUUAUGUCAAUCAAUAGAGGUACAUUGUGAAGAAAUGAAAUUGUAUUAAGAAAUUGUAUUAAGAGUACGCAAGUACGUCCCAUAUAUAGCAGUAUAGCACCUUGCUUCAACACUUGUAUGUUCUUGCAAAGUUCAUUGAAAUUUUCCCUUAAGCUGUGUAGCUUGCAUUUAUUUUUCAAAAAGGAAAGGUAGACAUUGGUCGAAGAUGACUAGAUUUAACACAUAGAAGAGCAAGUUUACUGUGGGGAGGAAGACUGCAAUUGGUACUGUACACGUCCCCUUCAGAAAUGGACAGAAAUUUAGGAUGUGAAGAUCAGAUUGACCAAGAUAGAGAAGCAAGGCAUAAUGAUUUACCAAUAUGCCUUAAGUUUGUCCUUUUCAGUUAGAAGUAUAUUGUACCUGUUUGGUAAGAAGUCGUCUUAUGUCAAUAUUCAUGGUAAUGAACCUUCAUCCUAAAUACGUGUUUUUCAUCAUAAAUUUCAUUAUCAUCCUAUACUACCUCUGGGUAAUGCACGAUUAUGAGAAUUCAUAAUAAAAAUGUCGGAAUUUGGUAGAUGGAUAGAGGUUACUAAUUUACUAUGGACAUUGAGAUGAGACUUUCUUUGCACAUUUACGUUGAUUAUAUCACGGAUUACCACCUUGUGUUAUCGCCUUAUCAAACAAGCCAUAGAAGUCAAAAAUAAUUUCGUAUUUACUGAAUUUGCAUGUUUCCUUUAGUAAUUGGAUCUUAAAUAGAGACAAAUCAUAUAAUUUGCUACAAUAUAUGUGAAAAAACCCAAAAAAAAAAAAAAGAAAUUGAAAAAAAGGAGUAGCUGCAGGAGAAACCAAUGAAAAGUACUUCACAAGUCACAACCCAUCCAAAA